AUGUCAGACAAGAACAUCCAAGAAGGCGACGAAGUUCAGUGGAACUAUGGCGGCGGCCACCCCUCCGGCACUGUCGCGGAGAUCACCACCGAAGGCAAGCUAGAGAUCGAGUCCAAGGGCAAGCACGUCCACCGCAACGCCUCGCCCUCUAACCCCGCCGUGCACGUCGCGCGUGACGGUAACGACGUCGUCAAGCGCAUGAGCGAGCUCACGAAGACCGGGGGUGGUGGCGAGCUCGAGGAGGAAGGGGAUGAGGAGCGGAAGGGAGAGGAGGGCGAGGACAAGACCAAAGAAGGCAAGCCCGCUGAGGUCGGCGAGAAGCGCGAGCGCCACGACGAGAAGGCCGCCGAGGAGAAAGGAGAUGGUGAUGAGACCAAGCACGGCGAGGAGGGUAACGGCAGAGCCGAGGCGACCGAGGCGGAGAAGGACGGCGGGAAGGAGGUGAAGAAGGCCAAGAUCGACGAGGACGGCGACGCGCACGCUACAAAGAAGGUCCCUGCCCGUCAGGCCAAGACCGCCGCCAAAGCGAAGACGAAGAAGCAGGCCGAGACUGGCGCCACGACGGAUGCGACUACCAAGAAGAAACCUGUUGGGAGGCCGAGGAAGGACACUGCAACCAAGGAGGCGGAACCUGAGAAGCGUGAGGAGGAUAAGGUCCAGGAGAUGCUUGAGGGAGAGAAGAUGGACAACGUCGGGACUGCCAGAGCCGUGAACUAG